CACACGACACUUCCCAGCCCACCGCCGCCACCGACGCCCGCGCCGCGUGCUGCCACAGACGCGUGCACGUGCAGGCACAUGCACCGCCCCGUGUUGAGGAUUACGUGCACACCCGCGCCCCGCCGCGACCCAGUGCCAGUGUUGUGACCAGUGUGUGUGUGUUUGUGUGUGUGGCACCGUGACACGCGUCCCGCCCCAGGCAGUGACUCCGUGACUCGUGCAUGAGCGUGAGUGUGCCAGAGGCGUCGUGCGGCGUGCAGCAGGCGGCGGCCUCCUCCACAGCGCCCCUCGGCGCUUACCUGCCCGCCUACACCCCUGCCUACACCCCCGCCCACGCCCACGCCCACGCCCACGCAGGCAUGAAGCGAACACUCAGCGAGAGUGACGGAGACGACAUCUACUCCGGCGAUGAGAAAGAUGGUGACGACUGCUCCUCCAGCGGGGGCGGCACCUCUAGGAAGCGGCGCCGGGGCAUCAUUGAGAAACGACGCAGGGAUCGCAUCAACAACUCCCUGUCUGAGCUGCGGCGCCUCGUCCCCGCAGCCUUUGAGAAACAGGGGUCGGCUAAGCUAGAGAAGGCUGAGAUCUUGCAAAUGACUGUUGACCACUUGAAGAUGCUACACACUAAAGGUCUGGAUGCGCUGGCUUACGACCCCAACAAGUUCGCAAUGGACUACCACAACAUCGGGUUCCGGGAGUGCGCGGCGGAGGUGGCGCGCUACCUUGUCACCAUCGAGGGCAUGGACAUCCAGGACCCGCUACGCCUGCGCCUCAUGAGUCACCUGCAGUGCUACGCCGCGCAACGGGACUUGGCCAACAAACAGGCGGCGACCUCCUGGGGGUGGGGCGCUUCCUCCCAGGGCACCACCACCCCUGCAUCCUACCCUCCCUCCUCGUCCCUCUCAAGCUUCCAAGGGCAUGUUUUGACGCAUCCCCACGGCGCUACACACCCCACGCACCCCUCCUCGCACCCCUCCCCCAGUGCGACUCACGCCCCUGUGGCAUUAGACCAGAGCCACGGGAUGUCAGCCUUCACUGCCCCAGCCACGUCUGUCUCCGGGGACCUGGGCGUGGGUACCUGUGGGUUAUCAGGGCAGGGGUCGCGGCUCCCCACCACAGGCUCAGGGGCGCCCCAGGUCCCUGUAGUCACCAUGAGCACCGCCUCCACUGCCCACACUAACUACCACUUGAAUCUCAACGCCCACGCCUUCCCAGCUGCCGGACCCUCCACGCCCACGCCCACACUCCCUCUCACUAACCCAGUCAACCCCACGGCGUACAAUCCCUCCCUCCAAGGCGCCCCCGGGGUUAAGCCAUACAGACCCUGGGGCGCGGAGAUCGCAUACUGACACAGGGGGAGGGAGGGGGUCGCCAUGUUCUCCCCUCCCCACCCUCCCCCACUGCUGCAGGAGGGGAGGGGAAGGGAGAGGGGGUAGGGGGGUGGGGUUUCUAGAGUCAUUCCUGUGAUCUAAUUUAGUUUCGUAAUUAGUCU